AAUUUUUUGUGAUGGUUCCACAAGAGCUUUAUCAAAAACAAUUUAGUUGACAAGCCAAAAAAGGAUUAGUAACGGACGAGAGAGAGCAUACUGCUUCUGAAACGAAAUUGCAUUCCAUUUCCAUUCUUGUGUCCUUGAAUAUUUUGUUAUAUAAUCGUAACGAGGUUAUCCAAGGAAACCUUUAGUAAGAAACACAAAGGUCUCUUUUGCUCAUUAUAAAAAUUUCAUUCUUUUGGUUUUUCUAUACUCCAUAGAUUUCAUUAUUCUUUUUGUUUUCGUUCAUUUAUUAGCGUACGUGUCGAAUCUGUUUACGUUGACUCGGUUUUCUCAUGAAUAUUACUUGCUCAUCUCCUGGAAAAGUGCUAUUAGCGGGUGGAUACAUUGUCCUUGAUCCUCAGUAUAGCGGGCUUGUUGUCGGUUUAGACGCCAAAGGUUUUGCUACGACGACUUCACUGAAAAGCCGCCAAGGACUUAUUUAUGUGAGAAGCCCUCAAUUUAUCGAUGCUGAAUGGUCAUACAAAGUCGAUUGGUCUUGUUCCCCAAUCCGAGUCUUACAACAAGACGAGGACGAGAAACAAAGUCCUAACCCAUUUGUCCAGCUUGCUCUAUUUUAUGUCUUGAACUACUUUUUCAAUUCCGGAGAGCAACCUGAGGAAUGGCAAGACUUGAGCAUCAUCAUUCAAGUAGAUAACAGCUAUUACCAUCAACCAAAGUUACCAGAAGGACUGGAUUCAUAUCCCAAAUUUAAUUUCCUUAAUUGCAAGCUGCAUGAAGUUAAAAAAACAGGGCUUGGAAGCUCCGCUGCAAUGAUUACGAGCUUUAUAAGUUCUUUAUUUUUGUCACUGAAUCAAAUUUGUGUUAAAGGUCCGGCAUCCGAACCACAACUGACCUCGUUUUCCAAAACAAUCAUUCACAACUUGAGUCAGAUUGCUCAUUGUGCUGCUCAAGGUAAAGUUGGUAGCGGGUUUGACGUGGGUGCAGCUGUUUGGGGUAGUUGUAUUUACCGCCGAUUUGAUCCUCAACUCAUUCAACAUCUCCUUGUGGACCCUACUCAUCAGUUGGCGAGUAAAAGCUUCUCAGAUGACUUAAGACAAGUCGUCUCAGAACAAUGGUCUCCGAUUCAGCCUUUUACCCUACCUUCUCAGUAUCGUUUGCUAAUGGGAGACGUUGCCGGGGGGAGUGGAACACCAGGAAUGGUGAAGAAGGUUCAAAAAUGGAAAACCGAAGCUAGAGAAGUUUCCGAUAAGCUCUUUGACGAUCUCUAUGGACAUGUUUCCGCAUUGCAAGAACUUUUCCUUUCUGCGACUGGAUCCUCAGUUGAAUUGCGAUACCAUUUUCAAUGUAUUAGAAAACUCCUUCAAUAUCUAACAGCAGAAGCAAAAGUAGACAUUGAACCUGAAGCUCAAUCUAAGGUACUUGAUCAAUUGGAAACUAUUGAAGGGGUAAUUGGAGCUGGGGUUCCUGGCGCUGGUGGAUUUGACGCCCAAUUCUGCAUUCUACAAAAUAAAAAACAUGUAAUUGAAAAAGUUACUGACUUAUGGAAUUCCUCUAACAUUGUACCUAUGCAAGUGGGUCCUACGGAUGUUGGUUUAUCCGUUGUGAACAAUUUUUAAAACCUUUUUAUCCUUAAUCCAUUCUUAUAAAUUAUAAAUUUCAAGGUUGGGAAAGCAUUAUAGUUCUUUAUUCUUGAUCAGUCAUGUCGUUCUCGUGAUCGUUGACAUUCAUUUCCAACAUUUGAAUGCUUUGAAUGAGUUUACUCCAUUGAAGAAAGCGUAAACAUUGAAUGCAUCGACCGACGAUUGGUAAGAUUUGAUUUUCGUUCUCUAGAAAAUGAACCGCCAAGCAUGUUGUAUGGCUGGUCAUAUCACAAUCAUCAUAUAGACAAUGAAGCAAUGAGUCCCUUUCAUGGACUUCACAAAGACAUAUAUCACAAAUGGAUUUUCGAGUCAUGUUAUUUUCCGACUGAGGCUUUGUCGAUUCCAUUUCAGAAGCCUUAUGGUAAAAGUCCAUUAAUUCCUCUUCUUUCAUGGUGAACUUUACAGAGGUAUUCCCUUUGCUAAUUGCCUUCCAUUUUUCAAAUGCAUGCUGAGAGAAAAAUGUUAUUUCAAGAGGCCAUCGAUUCCAACCGUUACAAGAAACAAUUUGCUGAAGAGCAACUAGAGAGUUGCUUAAACUCGGUGUUUUAUUUAUUUUUGCUUCCUUGUCUUUAGUAUGUCUAGAAAUAUUGGGAUGCUGCCAGAUCCACUCGAAUUGUAAUGCUGAAAUUUUAUUAGGAAACCCAUGAACAAGACAAAGUACGAUCCAUGGUCGUCCAUUUCUCGUUUUCCAGGCUCCUCCUUGUAUUUCCCCGUUAUGUUGUCGAAGUCGCUAAAUUCAAAGUUAAUAACUGACUUGAAUCGUCAUUGAAUUUGAAAUUUCUCUACAUACUCGAAUUGGAUUUGGGGUUGAACCAAUGUAGAGAGAUCUACUGGAAGCCUUUUUCUUAGAUUGGAUCAAAUAGCAACAAUAAAAAGGAUGCUCUUUCCGCGCCAUAAUUUAUUACUCGAUAAAGAUUCAGCUUUGUUUGCUUUAAUACUCAAACUCCCAAAUUUCUUUUUUCAUCCUUUAUUCCAACGUCAAUACAAAUAUUGCAAGUGACGAUAAAAUCAAUUUUCAAUAGUAAAGUAAUUCAAAAUGAAAUUCGCU